AUGGAGCAAAAGAAAAGAAGAUCAUCAACCUCCUCCUCCUCCUCUUUUCCUAUCGAUCUAACCACAGAGAUACUCUUAAGACUGCCGGAGAAAUCUGUUGCCAAGUUUAGCUGCGUGUCCAAGCUUUGGUCAUCGAUCAUCACCGAUCCAUAUUUCAUCAACUUAUUCCAAACGCAAAGCCUUCAAAUCUGUUUCCAAAAAGAUGACAACUUAUUUUUUUCCUCGAUUCCUCAGAACUCUAACAGGUCCUACUUUUCUACUUCUCUGUCUUUUGAUCAGACGAAACUCCCAGAAAAUUGUAGUCACUGGUCAUCGACAGAAUCAGUGCAUGCCUUGAUCUGCUUUCAUAAAUCAGACAAGCUGAUAGCUUGGAACCCUUGCACGAGACAAUUCUUAGUUUUACCGAAUUUAUUACCGAGCUCGAACGACACAAUACUGUUUUUAGGAUAUGAUCCCAUUGAACGUAAACACAAAGUAAUGUGCAUUCCCCGUAACAGGACCUUCCACAAGUGCCAAGUUCUUACACUGGGAUCAGAUCUAAUAUCAUGGUCGUGGAGAAGGGUCGGAACUAACCAGGCGCAUUCUACUUCCGUGUUUACUUACGGGCGAUGCGUCGAGGGUGUUAUAUAUUAUCUAGCCUAUUCUUCUCGGAGAUCUCAUAUGGUUAUGAUGAGCUUUGAUGUCAGAUCUGAAAAGUUCCAUAUGAUAGAACUACCAUGCAACUUUACUGGUCGUCGGCUAGUAACUUAUAAGGGAAGGUUAGCUUGUUGUAACAGAAAUAUUGAAAGAGGCUUCUGGAUUUUGGAGGAUGCACAGAGACACAAGUGGUCGAGUCAACACUUUCUUUCGCCUUUUGGUACUGGCUGUCGUGAUCUGAUGAGUGUGACAAACGGUUUAAACCUGAAAGGUUUCACUCAUGCUGGUGAGUUUAUUUAUGCACCAGACAGGUUUAGUCAAUCGUUUUAUAUUUUAUUAUGCGAUCCGGUGAGAAACACCUGUAGAAGAUUUGAAUUUAAAGGAUUAGCAGACAAUGGAUCUGUCAAUAGUGAAGUUGAAGACGUAGACAGAUCGAUGUAUGCGCUCCAUACUUUCCCGAAUCACAUUGACAGUCUAAAGGCUUUUGCAACACUUUGUAACCAAGCAAAAAGGACUGGCUCGGGGCAAAUCGUAAAUCCGUCGAUCUUAGAUUAG